AGGGCCGUGACAGGAGCCGCGGCCGCGGAGCGGGCUGUGGCGGCCGGCAGCGCCAUGGGCUGCGGCGGAGGGGCCUGAGCCGGCCUGGCGGCGUCCGCCUGCCUGCCUCCCUCCGCGCUCGGCCCCCGGCCGCCCAUGGCGGAGCCGGGUGCCGAGGAGCCCGACGAGCGGCUGCUGCUCCUGGCGGAGCCGGCGCCUCAGGCGGGACCACCCUGGCGGGGGCCGCAAAGGGUGAAAGCCGCCCCCGGCGGGGCUGUGAGGCUGUGUGGGGAGCUGGGGCUCGAGGAGGAGGAGGAGGAGGGUGAGGAGGACUCGGGGCCCGAAGGGGAUGGAGAGGACGAGCCUCUCCUGCGGGCGUCGGGCCGCGGCCGCCGAGCGGGCGCCGCCUGGGACAAGGAGCCCCGCGCCGCCGCAGGGCAUACAGGACAUACUGCUGAUAUGAAUAUAUUUUUAGAUGAUCCAGAAUUUGCAGAAAUUAUUCUGAGAGCAGAACAAGCUAUAGAGUGUGGAGUUUUUCCAGAAAGAAUUUCUCAAGGAUCCAGUGGGAGUUACUUUGCCAAGGAUCCAAAAGGGAAAAUUAUUGGAGUGUUCAAACCAAAAUCUGAAGAGCCUUAUGGACAUCUAAAUCCAAAAUGGACCAAAUAUUUUCACAAAGUUUGUUGUCCUUGCUGCUUUGGCAGAGGCUGCCUCGUUCCAAAUCAGGGAUACCUCUCUGAAGCUGGUGCCUACCUUGUGGAUGACAAGCUGGGGCUAGGAGUUGUACCUAAAACUAAGGUUGUCUGGCUUGUCAGUGAGACCUUUAAUUACAGUGCAAUAGAUCGUGCAAAGUCAAGAGGAAAAAAAUAUGCUUUAGAGAAAGUGCCAAAAGUUGCUAAAAAAUUUAAUCGAAUUGGACUACCUCCUAAGGUUGGCUCCUUUCAGCUGUUUGUUGAAGGAUAUAAGGAAGCUGACUACUGGCUCAGGAAGUUUGAAACUGAUCCCUUACCUGAGAACACAAGGAAAGAAUUUCAGUCACAGUUUGAAAGAUUGGUUAUCUUGGAUUAUGUCAUCAGAAAUACAGACAGAGGUAACGAUAACUGGUUAGUCAGGUAUGAAAAACAAGAUGAUGGACUUGAUCUGUCAGAUAAGGAUAGCCAAUGGGCAGCAGCUGAAGAAUCUACUAUUAAAAUUGCUGCAAUUGACAAUGGUUUAGCAUUUCCUUUUAAGCAUCCUGAUGAAUGGAGGGCAUAUCCCUUUCACUGGGCUUGGCUUUCUCAAGCAAAAGUUCCUUUCUCUCAGGAGACCAGAGACCUAGUUCUUCCUCGCAUUUCUGAUAUGAACUUCAUACAGGAUCUUUGUGAAGAUCUUUACGAACUAUUUAAGACUGAUAAAGGAUUUGACAAGGCUACUUUUGAAAACCAAAUGUCUGUUAUGAGGGGGCAGAUACUAAACCUUACUCAGGCAUUAAAGGAUGAAAAAAGUCCCAUUCAGCUUGUUCAGAUGCCACGUGUGAUUGUGGAGCGAAGUAGCACUGGAAGUCAGGGCCGAAUUGUUCAUCUGAGUAAUGCGUUCACGCAGACCUUUCAUAGCAGGAAGCCUUUCUUUUCCUCCUGGUAGCAACAAAAAUACAUGGGAAUUGUAAGUUUCUCUUAACUUUAGGAAGCUACUUCUGUGUAAAAGCUCUGCAAUAACGUACUUCUGCUGUAUACCAAGAGGUCUGACUGCCGACACCUCAGAACUUAAAUUCUAAAGACUUAAGAAAUGUAUUUUGAAUGUAAUAAAAGUUUACAAUUUUUGUGUCAAAAUUGUGAAAUCUUUUGUCAGGGAAUGAGAAGAACUUGUCCAUACUGUAUUUUUAUAGGCUAAAUUAAUGUAUUCUGAAUAAGGGAAGAUACACAGUUUGCAUAUGCUGAGAAACUACUUUUGAAUACAACAAGAAUUCUUUUUGUUUCAUAUAAAUGUGAGAACCUAUACACUAUCAAUUUCUUUUUAUAUGGUCUUUUAAAAAAAAAAAAGUGCAGAAUGUUAUCUUUGAUUGUGAAAAUGCUUUUCUUUGGAAUUUCUUCCUGAUAUUUUAAGCUGUUCAUAGAUUUUUGUAGGCUAGUUACUUGAAAAGUCAUACACACAAAAAAAAAAAAAAAAAAAAUCAAUCUGUCCUUGACAAACAAGUGAAAGAAAGGGAGAAGGGAAAAAAUGCUCCAUGUAGGUUUUUUUGCAUGUGGGGACCAAAAUAGUUAAAUAGCUGAAUUACAGCAAAAUUCAACCUGAGUAAGUACACACAGUUCCUACUGUGACAAAAUAAACUGAGUGUACGUUUCAGAGGUUGAAAUUUCACCUGUGGCUUUUAGAACUUGUGUAUUUAAGCACAUGUAUGGAAAAUUGUGAUAUUUCUUUAUAUAUUCAUCACAGCGAAAGAAUUGCACCAUGUUGUAACACGUUUGUUUUGCCAUAUGGGUAUAAAUGUGUUCAUCAGUAGUCACCAAAGUGGGUCUCUACUGUUAACAACAGAAGCACUAACGUGUUCAUCACAAAGCCAGUCUGCCUUCUAAAUUUCUAUCUAAACACGCUUAUUUUUUUUGCCCAGGGAAGGGGGGGAAAGAGUAAUACAGAGAGCACAGAGACUUACUAUUGUGCCCUUAGCCGUGUCAUGCUCAUCUGCCCAUUGCCAUUUGCAUUUAUGUUUAAGUUACAUGGUUUAAGACAUGAUGGUCAUGUUUCUAGGUCUGUGGCUUAUGUAACAUGGUAAAUAUUUUUAUUUUAUUAAUUUUCUGGACAGUUAAGACCAGGAACGGGAGAGAAACUGCUGCUGUUAGGAAACCUUCAGUAUUUCAGACAUUGCUGGAUUUUGUAAUUCUAAGCAAUACUGUUGAACUCAAAAAUAAUAAAAUGCUUGUAUUUUAUAUAAUUUGGAGUGGAUGUAAAUAUUAAUGUAGCAUGUCAGCAAUUCACGUGACUAACUGGAACGUUUAAGCCUUAAAUGUAAAACUCACAGUGCGGUGGAGUUCAAACUACGAUUGAAAUGACCACCUUUAUAAACUUCCCCUCAUUUAGUUUUUAUCUAGACAGUUUAUUAAACAAUUAAAGAUGGUGUUUAUGUGCCGGACAUGCCUACUGAAGAAAAUAAAUGUCACAGUCUCAAAGGCA